ACCUGUCAUCGGGUGGAUGUGAUUCAUGUUAAACACUACACAAAUAAAAUGAAUACUUCACCGGACUGUUCUGUGUUUAAAAAGACAGACGUUUGCGUACACCACAGACUGUUCUUUAUCUGUUUAUCUCUCUGCAGGUUUCUUCAGCCUGGCCUUAGCUUAUCCUCAGAAGACCUUCCAUUUCAUCCCACAAAAACUGGACUGGCCCAGCGCUCGGACCCACUGCUUGAAACACUUUGUGGAUGUAGCUUCUGUCGCAGAUGUGAAGGACCUGGCGGAGAUGAGCGGUUUGGUCAACACUGCGGAUGAACACGUCUUUGUGGGGUUAACGAGAGAGUGGGAGUGGACGGUCUUGGACUCGGAGGACCACAGACAGACCCAGAUCGGGUUUGAGGCGUUUGGAGCCGGAGAGCCCAGAGAGGAGCACGAGUGUGGGAUGAUCCAGGCCUCAGGAGAGUGGAGGACGGAGACCUGCAACACGAAAUGGCCCUUCGUCUGCCUCGAUGUGAACGUGGCUCACAAAUUCGUGAAGGGAAACGGCUCUAAAGUCUGGGGCCAGGCCAGGAAUUACUGCAGGACUCAUCACACUGACUUGGCCAGGAUCCGGAGCCAGGAGGAGAACCAGCUCCUUGUGGACCUCUAUGACAGGUCCUCGGACGGGAACUGGAAUGAGAGCAAGGACGGCACCAGGGAAGGAACCAAGAACGGGACCUUCAACGAGACCCCAGACGGAACCUGGAACAAGACCAGUAACGGGACCGUGUACGAGACCUGGAACGGGUCUUGGAUCGGCCUGACCAAGCGGAGUUGGAGCUGGUCUGACAGGAUGUACCCAGGGUUUGUCCCGUGGGUCCCAGAGGAGCCCAGAGCUGGAGGAGCGGAGGCCUGCGCCGCCCUCCACGUCAGCGGGGAGCCGAUGGGGUUCGUCCCCUGGAACUGCAACGAUCAACUACCGUUCUUCUGCUACUCCUGUGAGCGUGUUUCAGAUUUUAUAAACAUUUAUUUAAAAGUAGGACAGCAAUGA